UUGGAAAUCAUGCAAAACCAAAGCUUUGUAACUGAAUUCAUCUUUGCCGGGCUUUCACAGAAUCCUACUGUUCAGAAAAUAGUCUUUGUUGUGUUUUUGUUGGUCUACAUUGCAACUAUUGCAGGCAACAUGCUGAUUGUAGUGACCAUCCUCUGUAGCCCUUCAUUGCUGGGCUGCCCCAUGUACUUCUUCUUGGCUGUCCUAUCAUUACAGGAUGCAUGCUUCUCCUCUUCCAUCAAACCAAAAAUGAUAGCAGACUCCCUAUGUAAGCAGAAAACCAUUUCUUAUAAAGGAUGCAUGAUUCAACUUUUUGCUGAACACUUAUUUGGUGGGGCAGAGAUGAUUAUCCUCACAGCCAUGGCCUAUGACCGCUAUGUGGCCAUUUGCAAGCCUUUGCACUACUCUGCCAUAAUGAACUGGAGGCUCUGUGGCAUUCUGGUGGGGGUGUCCUGGGAAGGGGGCUUCUUGCAUUCCAUCAUACAAAUUCUCUUUACUUUGCAGCUGCCCUUCUGUGGGCCUAAUAUCAUUGAUCAUUUCUUGUGUGAGUUGUACCCAUUGUUGAAGCUGGCCUGUACUGAUACUUACAUCUUUGACCUUUUGGUGAUCACCAAGAGUGGGUUAAUCUGCAUCAUCAAUUUUUGCUUGUUGCUGGUCUCCUAUGGCGUCAUCUUGUUCUCCCUGAGAAAACACAGUGCUGAGGGGCGGAGGAAAGCUCUGUCCACCUGUGGAUCUCACAUUGCUGUUAUGGUUUUGUUCUUUGUCCCAUGCAUAUUUAUAUAUGCACGACCUUCAUCUUCCUUUCCCUUUGAGAAAGAAGUAGAGAUAGUUUACACCAUUCUGACUCCCUUGCUCAAUCCUUUGGUUUAUACAUUGAGGAAUAAGGAAGUGAAAAAUGCCAUUAAGAAAGUAUGGAAGAGAUUGGUGGUGGGUUUUACGGGAAAAUAA